AUGCGUUUCUCGACUAUCACAGCAGCCGGCCUGCUCGCGUCCGGCGUCAGCGCCAACUUGCACGAGCUCGCCGUUGCUGCCGGCAAGAAGUACUUUGGCACGGCCACGGACAACUCUGAGCUCACCGAUACGGCCUACGUCGAGAUCCUGAAAGACGCAAAGAUGUUUGGCCAGAUUACCCCUGGUAACGGCCAGAAGUGGCAGUUUACCGAGAAGAGCCAAGGCGUCUUCAGCUACACCUCCGGCGACGAGAUCGCCGACUUCGCCAAGACCAACAGCAAGCUUCUCCGCUGCCACACCCUCGUCUGGCACUCCCAGCUUCCUACCUGGGUAUCUUCCGGCACCUGGACCAAGGAGCAGCUGACCUCCAUCAUCGACACUCACAUCUCCAACGUCGCCGGCCACUACAAGGGCCAGUGCUACGCUUGGGAUGUCGUCAACGAAGCCCUUAACGAGGACGGUACCUACCGCGAUAGUGUCUUCUACAAGGUUCUCGGAACCGACUUCAUCCCUAUUGCAUUCAAGGCCGCCGCCGCCGCCGAUGCGGACGCUAAGCUUUACUACAACGACUACAACAUUGAGCUGGCCGGUAACAAGCAGAAGGAGGUCCUCAACAUCAUCAAGAACAUCAAGGACUCUGGUGCUCGCAUCGACGGUCUUGGCCUCCAGGCCCAUCUCAUCGUUGGUAGCGCCGGUUCCCGCACUGCUCUGAGCGCCGUCCUCCAGUCCUACGUCGACGCCGGUGUCACCGAGGUCGCCUACACCGAGCUCGACAUCCGCCACAAGGCUAUUCCCGCCGACACCGCCGCUCAGGAGCAGCAAGCCACCGACUAUGUCAGCGUCGUCGGCGCCUGCUUGGAUAUCGCCGAGUGUGUUGGUGUCACCAUUUGGGACUACACAGACAAGUACUCCUGGAUUCCUUCCGUCUUCCCCGGUACCGGCGAGGCCCUCCCCUGGGACGAGAACCUUAAGCCCAAGCCCGCCUACACCAGCAUCUCUAGCCUCCUCGCCGCCGCCGGCAAAGGCGGUGCUGCCCCCGCCACCUCUGCUCCCGCAGUUGCCACCAGCGCCGCCGCCGCCGCCGCUUCCGGCGCCCCUGCUGCUGCCGCCACUGGUGGUGCCGGUCGCUGGGCUCAGUGCGGCGGCAACGGGUUCACCGGCUCUACUACUUGCCAGUCUGGUCUCACCUGCCAGAAGCAGAACGACUACUACAGCCAGUGUGUCUAA